GCUGGGCGCGAAAGCUCGAACGCCGCUGCCGGGCAGGAGACGGCGGGAGCGGCCGCACCCCGGGUGAGGGAAGCCGGGAACUGUUUCUUUCCGAGCGGUGGGCUGAAGAGGUCGGAGUCAUGACGGGCGAAGUGAUUUCCGCAGUUCAUCUAGAAAUCAAUGAUUCAAAACUCAUUUCACAAGAAGAAGCAGAUAGUCCUUUAGACAGUGGACAGGGCAGCUCUGAAACAAUUGGGCCCUUGAGUGAAAGAGAUUCAGAUGAAGAGAUAUUUGUGAGUAAGAAACUGAAAAGCAGGAAGGUGCUACAAGACAGUGACUCUGAAAGAGAGGAUACAAAUGCCUCUCCAGAGAAAACUAGCAAUGACAUCAUUGAGGAGGAAGAUAAAGAGAACUUAUAUGCCAAGAAAAAUAGAAAAGUUAGAAGGGUGUACAAAACUCUGAUGGACAGUGAUGAAAGUGACAUCGAGGAGUCUUUGUAUCAGGAUAAUCUUGAAACCCAAACGACACCUUGCUUAGGGCUGGGUCUCCAAUCUGAAAACUCUCUGGAAUUUACAGUUGACAGAAAGAGUUCCAAAAAGCCCAUAUAUGAUAAAGAAGAAUCUGGGCGAAAAGCAAAAGUAAAAUCAAAGCGAAGACUUGAGAAAGAAGAGAGAAAGCUGGAGAAAAUUAAGCGGCUGAAAAAGAAGGAAACAAAAACUGAGGAAGAUGAUAUGAAACAGCCAUUUAAUGACAGUGGCUGUCUACUUGUGGAUAAAGACCUUUUUGAAACUGGGUUGGAGGAGGAAAGUAACUCUCCACUGGAAGAUGAAGAGUCAUUAGAAUCAAUAAGGGUGGCUAUGAAAAACAAAGUAAAAAAACACAAGAAAAAGGAAUUGUCUUUGGAGAGUGGGGACUAUUCGUUUGAAGAAGAAAGUGGAUUACCAAAAGGCACCACAAGGAAGGAAAGAAAGGCAGCCAAGUUAAGUAAGGAAGCAUUAAAAAAAUUGCAUAGCGAGACUCAGCGCCUUAUUCGAGAGUCUGCACUUAAUCUUCCAUAUCAUAUGCCUGAGAAUAAAACCAUUCAUGAAUUCUACAAACGUAAACCCCGGCCCACUUGCCAGGGAAAUGCAAUGGCGCUACUGAAGUCAUCUAAGUAUCAGGCAAGCCAUCACAAAGAAGUCACUGAUACUGUGAAUACAACUGAGCUGAAUAAUGACCCCCAUAGCAAAGAUUCUGAGCAGACAACAGGUGCAGGACAUGAAAUGGAAACCAAUGCGCUCCUUGAAGUUACAAACGAACCACAGACCACUACUGGAUCACAUGAAUCUUGCAGUAAGAAUUUGAUGGGAAGUGAAAAGCUAGAAAUUCCCAAGGAACAGGAACAAAGUGAUGCUAGACCUUCACCUGGAGACAUCUUGGUGGCACAAGAAUGCAGCUUCCUUAGGGACAAGGACAGUGAGAAGUAUCGGGCUGGAGGGCUCGUGGCACCUGAACCUCCUGCCCUGGAGGGAGAAGAAGACCUGAAAGAAACAAAAGAAGCAGAUGAGAAGGUGGAAGAGCCCAGCCAGCAAACUAAAUCAGCAGCAGUAGUGCCACCUGACAAAAUUAGGAGGUUCACUGUGGAUAGACUUAAGCAACUGGGAGUAGAUGUUUUCAUUAAACCUCGGCUGGGUGCUGACAAAGAUUCUUUUGUGAUACUUGAAGAACCUGAAACCAACAGAGAACUGGAAGCCUUGAAGCAGCGUUUCUGGAAGCAUGCUAAUCCAGCAGCCAAACCCAGGGUUGGUCAGAAGGUGAAUGUGAACAUCAUAGUGAAAGAUGUGGGCACUGAUGGGAAGGAAGAGCUCAAGGCAGAUGUGGUACCCGUGACUUUGGCAGCUGAGAAGCUGGAUGAAGCAAGCCACACAAAACCAGGGGAAAAGCUUCAGGUGCUGAAAGCUAAACUGCAAGAAGCAAUGAAACUCCGAAGGUUUGAAGAACGCCAGAAGCGCCAGGCAUUACUCAAGUUAGAUAAUGAAGAUGGAUUUGAAGAAGAAGAGGAGGAGGAGGAAGAAAUGACAGAUGAGUCUGAGGAAGAUGGAGAAGAGGAGGGAAAGGAAGCAUUAGAGGAAGAAGAGGAGAAAGAAGAGGAAGAGGAGGAAGAAGGCAAUCAGGAGAUGGCAGAAUUCCAUCUUGAUAGUGAAGAAACAGAAACCAAAGAUGAGAAAGAAAUGGAUAAAGAAAACAAUGAUGGCAGUGAUGAAAAUGACAAGUCAGUUGGCCUUCUCUCUGUUCCCAAGCCUCUCUCAUCAGAUUCUACCUUCCUUUUAUUUAAGGACAGCUCUUCCAAGAUGGAUUACUCUCCUAGUGAAGAAAAAUCAGAACUAGAUGAAAACUCAGGCAAAAGGCCUAGCAAACUAGAUGAAGAUGAUUCAUGCUCAUUACUGACAAAGGAGAGCAGCCACAACAGCAGCUUUGAGCUGAUAGGCUCCACAAUUCCGUCCUAUCAGCCUUGCAACAGGCAAACAGGCCGUGGGACCAGCCUUUUCCCGACAGCAGGAGGAUUCAGAUCUCCUUCCCCUGGGCUAUUUAGAGCCAGUUUGGUCAGCUCAGCAUCUAAGAGUUCAGGAAAGCUGUCAGAGCCUUCACUUCCCAUAGAGGAUUCCCAGGAUCUGUAUAACGCCUCCCCAGAGCCUAAGACACUUUUCCUCGGAGCAGGAGACUUCCAGUUCUGUUUAGAAGAUGACACUCAGAGCCAACUGUUGGAUGCAGAUGGGUUCCUAAAUGUCAGAAACCACAGGAAUCAGUACCAAGCUUUGAAGCCUCGAUUGCCAUUGGCCAGUAUGGAUGAGAACGCCAUGGAUGCCAACAUGGAUGAGCUGCUGGAUUUGUGUACUGGAAAGUUCACAUCUCAGGGUGAAAAACCUCUGCCCAGGAAGAACGACAAGAAAGAGAACAUGGAGGAACUUCUGGAUCUUUGUUCAGGAAAAUUUACUUCUCAAGAUGUCUCCACUCUGGCUCCAUCAGAUUUAAAUAAGCAGGAGAAGGAGAGCAGCAUGGGUGACCCAAUGGAGGAAGCACUUGCUCUUUGCUCAGGCUCUUUCCCAACAGACAGAGAGGAAGAAGAAGGUGAAGAGGAGGAAUUUGGAGACUUCCGGCUUGUCCCAAAUGAUGAUGAGUUUGAUAGCAAUGAGGAUGAACAUAGUGACUCUGACCAUGAAGACCCCAUGAAGACCCAUGAAGACCUAGAAGACCAUGAGGAGGAGGAGGAUGAGGAAGAGCUCCUGCGGCAAUCCGAGAAGUUGAAAAGGCAAAUGAGAUUAAAGAAAUACCUGGAGGAUGAAGCAGAAGUGUCAGGAAGUGAUGUGGGGAGUGAAGAUGAGUAUGAUGGAGAAGAGCUUGAUGAAUAUGAAGAGGAUGUAAUGGACGAAGUACUUCCCUCUGAUGAGGAACUGCAGAGUCAAAUCAAGAAAAUACAUAUGAAAACAAUGUUGGAUGAUGAUAAGCGACAGCUCCGUUUGUACCAAGAAAGGUACCUUGCUGAUGGGGACCUGCACAGUGAUGGUCCUGGACGAAUGAGGAAAUUUCGAUGGAAAAACAUAGAUGAUGCUUCCCAGAUGGACUUGUUUCACAGAGACUCUGAUGAUGAUCAGAUUGAAGAACAGCUUGAUGAGACAGAAGCCAGAUGGAGAAAGGAGCGAAUUGAACGAGAGCAGUGGCUUCGAGACCAGGCACAGCAGGGGAAAAUUGCAGCUGAAGAAGAAGAAGAAGAAAUUGGAGAAGACAGUCAGUUUAUGAUGCUGGCCAAGAAAGUUACAGCCAAAGCUCUGCAGAAGAAUGUCAGUCACACUGUGGUUACUGAAAAUUCAAAGUCAUUAUUCAGAAAUCCUUUUGAAGCCAUCAGACCAGGAAGUGACAGCCAGCUGAAGACAGGCUCACUGCUAAACCAGCCCAAAGCUGUGCUUCAGAAACUGGCCGCCCUCUCUGACCUCAACCCCAGUGCUCCCCGAAAUUCAAGAAAUUUCGUCUUCCACACACUUUCUCCUGUCAAGGCUGAGGCAGCAAAGGAAUUGUCUAAGCCUCGGGUAAGGAGAAUGGGUCCAUCUUUAAUGACAUCCCCUUCACCUAAGCGCCUCAAAACAGAUGAUAGCACUUCAGGAUCGAAGCAGAGCAUCUUCAGAUACUUGGAAAGCUAACACCACACGGAUGGCAGCACCUAUGUUAAGACUUUGUUGAGAAGUAUCUGGGCUUGAAGGUUGAAAUUGAUGCCCGCGUGGCCCCGUCCUUCAUAAUCAAUGCAUUAAGAUUGAGGACAGAGAUUCCAGCUCUUUCCACUGCAUGGGCUCUGGCCUCUCUUUCCUUUCCUGGUAUUAUUUCCUGGGUUGACUACUAACUUAAUUCUGCAGUUUAAAACAUCAGCUUCUGGCAUACUUGGGUAUCCUCCAUUAAAUAUUUGGCAUUUUAUCCUAGCAGCUUCCUGGGUUGAUACCUUUUGGUGAAAGGGGUGGCUGGAGGAAGAAAAAGUGCGGCGUGACAGAAAAUUACAGAAAGCAGUGAAUGUCAAAACCAGGACGACUCCUUCACACCCCUAAGAUCUGCACCGUGGUGACCAGGACUCAGUGAAAGACUUCUUACAGGACCUAGGGAUUGACAGAGGGGCUGUUAUAUUAGUCUUGCCCCUUCAUUUUCCUUUAUGCCUCUUCCCAAGGCAGUCUCAAAUUUCCAGUUAGCCUUUGCUUCCUUUAUAUAUGGACUCAAACUUGUACCCAAGUCAGAAAGAGCUAACUUUCUGGAGUGUGAGGAUGAAGAUAAAAGGUUAUACCCGGUGUCUGUCCACAUUAGAUUGUCCAUGGGACAGAGAGCACUCUCCUAGGACUAAAUUUUUGAUGUGAAACACCGUUGCUUAAGGACUUCCCUUCUCAUUCUGACUAGAAGAAUUACUUAUAUAACCAUUAUUUAUUGCAUUCAACUGGGUUGAGUACAUUGCUCCGACCAGUCAGAGGACAAUUUAAUACGUCAUUACUUAUUUUGAGAGAAGACCAUCAUGGAGUUUCAUCAGAAUAUUUUUAGGAGGAUUGCCACGAAUCCCAGUUUCCCCCAAACUUCCAUGAGACUCUCAGGAUUUUAGACAGAUAUUUUCCCCCCUCAGAACCAAGUGCCACUGCUGCUUUGGAAAAACAUUCCAUGUAAAUACUGUGGAUUCACUGUCAGGAGCUGGACUUGGGAAGCUGGAUAAAUUGUGCCAGUUUUUUAUUGGCAGACGAGAAAUACCAGUUUAACUGAUGGAAUUAGGAUAUAGGUUUUCUACAGUUGUUUCUAAUAUGCAAGAUGCUGACUUUGAUGGAAUUUAUAUUUGUACAUUUGUAAUCUUGUAAUGGUGAAAAUGUACAUAAAGAUGUUUUAAUAUGUAUGUAGUUUUUCAAUAAAUCCCAAUGCCUUAA